UAUUUUGAAGGUGGUGAGUGACUAUGAGGAAAGAAUAUAACUGAUAAAAAGUAACAGUACUGAUAACAAGGCUACUACAACCACAUUCCACACAUUCCAAUAAAACGGACGUGACCAUGCUGCUGAAACACAUUGAGAUCGGCUGCAGGAACUUCUCCAAAGCCAAACAAAUCUUCACCUCAAACUUCUCCUUUUCUCUUGUUCACGAGGAGAAGGAUUCUUGUCUGCUCAAAUCUAACAACAUCAAAAUCUUCCUCAAAAAUAACCCCACCGAUGUCAGCCGUGUCACAAACGUCGCAUUUACCUGCCCCAAUCUCCUUUCGUUUAAAAACAGUGUCACCAACCUGAAAACCAAAUCAUCAGAGAUAAGAGAAAACUGUGCUUAUCACCCUGGGGUGCCGUUUAUUGACAUCUUAUCUCCUUUUGCUAAUCUAAGUCAUCGUGUGUAUCAGGAGUGUAUAGAAACACAAAAUGAGACUUUAAUGUCACGUGACAUGGAUCACUUCUUGUUUUGUUGUGACCGGAAGACAGCAAAACUUCAUGCUCAAUGGUACGCUGAACUGAUGAAUGUAGAUCCUUAUAAGUUGGCAGGUUCAGAGUCAGGCACAAUGAAAGUUGUUGUAAAUGGGUCAGGCAUGGAAAUGUUUGUUAACUGCGGCCGGGAGAGUGGUCUACCUAUAUUUGCGUUUUCUGAACCAAUCACUCAAAACACUCUUGGGUACAACCAGAUUGAAAGAUUUUUAACUGCGAAUAGUGGUGGAGGGGUCCAACAUAUUGGGUUAAAAUCUUCUGACAUUUUCAAAACAGUUCGCGAACUGAGGGAAAAAGGUGUGAGGGUCAUUGAACAGCCAUUUUCUUAUUACACUUUAGAAGAAAAACUCGCUCAGUUUCAAGACUUAAAUAUUGAUCCAAAACUUGCUUUUGAGAACAGUAUAAUUGUUGAUAAGGACGAUGAUGGUUACUUGCUGCAAGUUUUUACUGAAAGUGUUUUAGAAAAAGAUGGGAUGUUCCUAGAGAUCAUAGAGCGUAGGGGGUCCAGGGGUUUUGGUACUGGAAAUGUUAAAGCUUUGUUCGCAGCUUUGCAGAAGAAAAUGGAGUCGUCAGCUGUGGCGUGAUAUAGUGACCAGGUUUUCAUUUAAAAUAUAAAUUAGGCCUCAUAUCACAGUUGGCUGUUUUUAUUGGUCGAUAAUAUAAUUGUGUCUCGCUAGUUAUAAUCCGCUUUUGGAUGUUGAUAAAAUUGAGUUUCAUGAAAUAUCGUUGUAUAAAGUUGCCUCGUUGGCUUGUUUGUAAUAUUUGAUGUGACCCACAGUUUAAAUAUUUAAACAUUUCGGGUGUUAACUUAUUAUAUCCCUUUUCUCUUGUAUUUUUUCUAAAUACAAAAUUUGAUUCUAUUUUUACUUCGACAUUUUACAAUAUUU